AAGGACAAGUCGAAUAUAACCCCACUACUAAAAGACAUAUUUUUAAAGAUUGGGAAGCAGUAGAAGAAGAACAAAAACCCGAUGAGGAAAAAAAACCGAAAAUCCAAACCGAAGAACCUGAACUCUCUUUUAGUGAAUGGAAAAAGAAAUUUAAGCAAGAACAUCCCGGAGAAAAACCUACUUUCCAAUUAUACACUAUUGAAAGAUUAGAAAAAAGAAAAGAACAAUUAAUCAAAGAAUUAAAAAAAACUAGUGGAGUAUUUAAAGAUAAAUUGAACUUACGAUUAACUUUUACCGAAGCCCUAAUCGAGGGUUAUAAAAAAGAGAUAAAAGUUUGUGAAGUAGGAAACCCAGAGGAAAAAUUACCCUUAGAGGCUACCGAUGAACAACUACAACAAGCCUCCUUCUGA